AAAUAAUUAUUUUUGUUUAGUAAGCUCAAUGCCUUUACUGAUGCCAUUGACAGGCAUUCACAACUUAGCAUCUCAGUCGCAGUGAUUCUAAAUCCGUCAAAUGGCACCGAUAGGGUGACGGGAAAACACCGACCCUUAUCUUCCUCUGGACGUCGACCAAAGCGGCAAAGUUAAAUGGUAGCAGUGCGGGAUGAGCAUGGGAAAGUGAAGGCAAAUUUGUCAUUUUCGAUUCGUUGGCCACGGACGUGUCCAGGCUUUAUCACGUCUUCUCGUCAAAUCCAAUCAGCAUUGCUGAUUCAGUUAUCCGCGUACAACACCAUCCAUCUUUCACUGGAGGCGAAGUGAAAGCGCAGGGUGCUCUUUCGUGGCUUUGCUGCGCCAGAGCUGUCAGAAGAUUGACGAGAUGCGCGUAGAUCUACUCAGUAACUGUAUCUAUGCUGUCGACGGGUCAGAUCCUGCGCACUACCCUGCACCCGGAGACAGGCAGUUGUCGAUUGUGUCCCGUUAGCGCGUUCUCCCUAUUUCUCUCUUGCCGGCGAGCCGUGUUUCAGUAGGUGUCCAUUCGCCGGCGAUGAAGCGGCGUGCUGCAGCAUUUUGUAGUGUGGCGUUUGCUGCCAUGGCCGGAGGUUGCAAACGCCGUGAGUUUGAGAGCAAGCAAGGUACAGGUCUGCGGCGGCUAGGCUAUCGAUACUAUAGAGAUCGAAGUAGAAUGGGUAUGGCCCUAUGGGGGCUAGCCUUGUCCCUGUUACUGUUAGGACACGGACGAUUUGCAGCCCGCUGUACUAUCUGUGUACAGAUGUUGUGACAGGCGUUGGUCCGCGAGGACGCAAAGGCCGUCAACGAUGCAGGCAAUUUACAGCUUGGAUGGAGCAUAUAGCCAGGAUCAUGCCGUGCGACUUGGCGGGCAUAGCCAAUGGCAGGCUGGUUCCAUGUAGUCAUCGUAGAAGCAGCCAAACCAACGCUGUGAGCAAGCCUAGCGAGAGGCGAACACUCAUUAGAUUAAUUUUGUAGUUGCUCAGCGAAACUUCAGGAGUUCCUCUCGGCAAGAUGACACUGUUCUUUGUUAGGUCGCAGAAGUUAGUUUGCAAGCUCCUUUGUGGCUGACAAAAGACAAUGGCUGAAGUCGGAUGAGGAGUCUCUUGACCUUGAGACUUGGACUGAGUGCAGUGGCAGUGGCUGAGCGUACCACACUCGACUAGUACUAAUCCUGAUCGGCAUGGGUCUGGCUGCUCGCACUGCUGCGGGCGUAACGCCUGGCAAAACACAGGUGCAUCGACUGAGCUGCCUGCCUGCGCCUCUUCUGGUUGCCUAUGACAACAAAAUGGACGCCGUACCCGGUAUGGAGCCGUGUGCACGUACAUGCCCUGCAAACAGCGCCUGCACCAACUGUGGCAUUAUGCAGCAGAGCAAGGGUAGCGUCUUCUGCCCGAGAGCGGUGCACAGCAAGGUCCCAUCGUCCGUGCUGCAGCAGGAGCUGUAUCGUAAUCAGGAGCUGUGCGACGUGGCCAUCAAUGUUACAGAUCGCGAUAUGUCACCAGCGACACCGCAUCCAUCCACAUCAUCUCAUUCAACUGUAAUACUGGCCCACCGAGUCGUUUUAGCAGCACACAGUCCACAGCUGCGCGCUAUAUUCGCAAGCAGUCCGGCAUCGCCAACCGCGGUCACUCCAACUCGGGAGCUGAUUAAACGAUCGCUGUCCGCGGAGAGUUCUUCUCCCAGUCGCCACAGAUCCAUAACCCUCUCCACACCAUCCACACCUCGCCUGUUCGGCAAAACUAGCAGUGCCGGCUCUGACGGUGCGGACAGUGGAAAUGGGUUCAGCCUUGGCGGAGAGUCGGCGGCGGGUAUGCAGUGUGAUGAGGGUUUGAGCCUGUCUCGGCCAAUCAUGUCCAUAGAUGUGAAUGAUGUCGGCGUAAAUUCGGUCCGUACUGUUCUUGACUUUGCCUACACUGGUGUGCUUGCUAUCACCGUGGAGCGCGUGGAGAACUUACUCAAGGCGGCCAUUUCGCUUGGUUUCAAGGAAGUGGAGCAACUAGUCAGGCAGUAUCUGGUGAAACAGCCAGCUGCUGUCGUCCUCCGUAUGCUGAUUGCUGCGCAUCUGAAGCGUCUGCGCAAUCGUUUACAGUCAUCCGCUGUCUACAUCGAGAUGCUCUUCUCCUUGUGUGAAGAGCAGUUUGAAACUAUCACCGAGUGCCCGGAGCUGAUGUCGAUGCCGUUUGAGCUAUUCCACGCGCUGUUGGGUAGUAAUCGUCUUGUUCUGUACUCGGAAGAGUGCGUGUUUCAGACGGUCCUGAAAUGGGUACAGCACCACAGAGCUGCACAGCGCCAAGGGCCUGACUAUUUCUCCAGCCUUGUUUCUCUGGUGCGGUUGCCGUUCGUCUCGCCAGAGUUCCUCACCUAUCGCAUACUGCCCCUGUGCGAUCGGAUAGCAGAUCCAGCGUUUCGAGAGCAAGUGCAGUCUGCUCUGGUUCACCACCGCCAGGCUGCACCAGAUCCACGUCUGCAGCUCAACUGCGCCAUGUUCCACCAGUACUCGCCACGUGUCUAUCAGCCAAAACCAGCAGCUCGGCUCUUGGCUGUCACGACCGGCAGCUCCACACCGAGUGACGUGCCGGGAAUCGAAUGCCUGGAUUUGUCCAAAGAGGGCCAUUCACAGCGGCUGAAUUGGAGAACAGUUGGACGGCGCUUGGUUGGACAAAGUAACCCCGCAGUGAUCAGCAGUGACAAUAACGUGAUCUAUGUCAUUGGAGGGGCAUCGCGGGGGAAGUCCCUGGACACUGCCAUGUCUACAGACAUUAUUCACGACAACGGAAAGUGGACCUCUCUACCGGCAAUGCUAGCGCAACGAGACAGCCCCAUAGCCACAAUCUUCAACAAGGAUAUCUAUGUGAUCGGGGGAUGUACUUCCGGACAAACUCUGGACCUUGUGGAGAGGUUCUCAUUCCGAUUACGCCGCUGGUGUUUGGCUGCUCCAAUGUCGACACCUCGCGCCGCAGCUGGCGUUGCUACCAAUGACUCACUGGUGUUUGUUGUUGGUGGGUGUGUAGGCGGCAGUGCGCUCUCCUCCGUUGAGUGCUACGAUGUCCAGGAGAACGAAUGGUACAUGUUGCCCGAAAUGCAAUGUGCACGCAUCUCACCCAGCGUAGUGUUUGUGGACACGCGCCUGAUGGUGUUUGGCGGUCAUAACACGUCCGGUGUCCAGGCUACUGCCGAGUACUACGACGCAGUCGCCAGAACAUGGAGAUCAUUGCCGCCGCUGAAGACGCCCAGAACAUGCGCGUCCGCAUUGCUGCAGGGCAAUAAGGUACUGCUGGGUGGAGGCCACGAUGGAUUCCAUCGACUCUGUAAUAUUGACGAGUUCAACCUGGAUUCAAACGAGUGGCGGGCAUCGUCACUGCCGUUGCUGACCUCCACCGAUACACACGUCUCCCUUCUGCUCAUCGAAGCCGGCGCGGCACUCGAAACGUUCUGCUGAAGACAUUGCAGUUACGUAAGCCAGGCGACGUUGCUAACAGUCCUGCUACCUCUGUCAUCUUUGGAUCUGAAUGAACACGGAACGUAUCACGUGAACCCUUGUGACGAAGCGCUACUAGUUAUUACUGUUCACACAAUGUACCAGUGUUUGAAAUUCAACAACAACCACACCGGGAUAUGUUUGCUCCCAUCUCUCUCUGUUCAUAGGUAGCUUGUUAUCACCAGAAUAGGACCACGUUAUACUUUUCUCCUUUUUCUUUUAAAUUUGUCACUCGGAUUUUUCGUUCUUGACCAAUGCUGUCCCUUGGAACUUGACCGCCACCACACCGGCACUGGAUCUGAUUUGAUUGAAGCACUGAUUUGUAAUUGAUUUAUGCCCUAUAAAUGGACGAAAUUGAUACACCUGAAAUGAGUUGCUAAACUAAA